UUGAGCUUAUUGUUGAUACGGAAACUCAAAUCGCAACAAGUAGUUAGGAAUUUUAUGUGCAUAAAUAGGAUUUUUAUACAAUUGUUAUAAAUAGUAUUAUUUAUUAGGUGAAUACAAACCACAUAUUGCAGAUAAUUUUAAUUUUUGUGACAUUAUCAGACUAUAAUAGAUACAUUCAAUUUUUUAUUUAAUAAUUUGCAUUAACUAUGAAUUACAUCAUGCAUAUUUUUGGUUUGAUUUUUUUUACUGGAAUGGUUUCAUCAACAAAAAUCGUACCAGUAGUUAUUACACAAACGAUCGGUUUCUUGGCAUUUGAAUUGCAUUCCGCAUCGGGACUCAAGUCAACGAAUAUUUUGGAGACUUCAACUCUAACAGAUGAAAAUGAUGAUGACGAUUGUAUUUGCACACCUUAUUAUAAGUGUAAAACUUAUAAACCGGCUGCUGAUGGUUAUGAGCUUAUAGAUAUAAGAAUAAACAUGGCUCCAUGUCAAAGUUAUCUUGACGUUUGUUGUAAUGAUACAAAAAUAACUUCAACCGAAAACUAUGAGUCAAAUAAUCCAGAUACUACUAAAAGUGGCUGUCAUUGCCCUAGUCCCGAAGAUUAUAGUAAAGAACCCGAUAUUGACCAAAUAGAUGUUACUAAAAAUCCGUCAUAUGGCACAAAAGAAGAUUAUACUAAAGAAUCAUCUGUUGGUUACAAUGAAGAUCAUACUAAAGAAUCAUCUGUUGGCUACAAUGAAGAUCAUACUAAAGAAUCAUCUGUUGGCCACAAUGAAGAUCAUACUAAAGAAUCAUCUGUUGGCUACAAUGAAGAUCAUACUAAAGAAUCAUCUGUUGGCUACAAUGGAGAUCAUACUAAAGAACCAUCUGUUGACCACAAUGAAGAUCAUACUAAAAACCCAUAUGACAUUCCAACAGAUAAAUAUACUAAGACCUCAGAAGGCCCUAAAGAAGAAUAUACUACGAAGCCAUUAAACAGUUAUACAGUAGAUUACACUACAGAAUCGUUUGUAGAUCAUUCGAAUGGGGUGACAGACAAAUCGAUUACUUCUGAAUUUACCAUUUCAACCGAACCCGAUAACACCUCUAAUAAUCAUCACGAAAAACAUAAAUGUGGUACUUGGAAUAAAUAUGGAGCUGGUUUUAGAAUUGGAAAUGCGCUUGAUAGCGAAGCACAGUUUGGUGAAUUCCCCUCAAUGGUGGCUAUAUUCAAAGAAGAAUUGGCAAAAGACGGCGAAAAAAAACUUGUCUUGAAUUGCGGAGGUUCGUUAAUCGAAAAAGACGUAAUUUUAACAGCCGCUCAUUGUGUGAUAAAGAGCGAUAUUUCAGCUAUGGUUGUUCGUGCAGGUGAAUGGGAUUUAAAAACAGAAAAAGAACUGCUUAAUCACCAAGAUCGUAGAGUAUCAAAAAUUGUUACUCAUCCUGAUUAUUAUGCAGGAGGACUUUAUAAUGACGUGGCUUUAAUUUUUAUCAAAGAUGCAUUUUCUUUACAAGAUAAUAUCCAACUUAUAUGCUUACCUACACCAAAUGAUAUUUUUAUAAAUGACAUGUGUUAUUCGAGCGGUUGGGGUAAAACUGUUUCUUACAAUAACUAUACUAUUUUUAAGAAGACAGAAUCAGGAAAAAUCAAAGAAUCAGGUCAAUACCAAGUCAGUAUAUUGAAAAAGGUUGAACUUCCAAUUGUUCCUCGAAGUCAAUGCAUGGACGCUCUCAGGUCCACUAGACUUGGACCCAAAUUUGUAUUGCACGACAGUUUUAUAUGUGCCGGUGGUAAAGAAGGGAAGGACACAUGUAAAGGUGAUGGCGGCAGUCCAUUAAUGUGUCCAUAUCAAGAUGAUCCCAAUCAUUUAGUUCAAGUUGGAAUUGUAGCUUGGGGUAUCAAUUGCGGUUUGGCAGAUAUACCCGCGGCUUAUGUUAACGUGGCCGGUUUCACGUACUGGAUUAAAAACGAAAUAGAAAAAAGAGGAAAUGAAUAUUUAUAAAUACAGAUGGCGUGUAUGGAUUUUAUUUAAGAUAUAUACAUACAUAAAUACAUGUACACAUAUUAUAUACAAAUAUGUUCAAAUAAAAACUUCUAUGAAAAAUAUAU